UGUGUGUGGCAGCGUCUCCAUGGUGACGGGGCUGUUCCCGGGGAGGCUGUGAUGGGUUGACAGGUGCGUGACAGUCGGAGCUCUCUGCAGGCAUGUACGGCAAAGGCAAGAGCAACAGCAGCGUCCCGUCCGACAGCCAGGCCAGGGAGAAAUUAGCAUUGUACGUAUAUGAAUAUCUGCUCCAUGUAGGAGCACAGAAAUCUGCCCAGACAUUUUUAUCAGAGAUAAGAUGGGAAAAAAACAUCACACUGGGGGAGCCCCCAGGAUUCUUGCACUCCUGGUGGUGUGUAUUUUGGGAUCUCUACUGUGCAGCUCCAGAAAGACGAGAAACAUGUGAGCAUUCAAGUGAAGCAAAAGCCUUUCAUGACUAUAGUGCUGCAGCAGCUCCCAGUCCAGUGCUAGGAAACAUUCCCCCAGGAGAUGGCAUGCCAGUAGGUCCUGUACCACCGGGUUUUUUUCAGCCUUUCAUGUCCCCUCGGUACCCUGGAGGUCCAAGGCCACCUUUAAGAAUACCCAAUCAGGCACUUGGAGGUGUCCCAGGAAGUCAGCCAUUAUUGCCUAGUGGGAUGGACCCAACACGGCAGCAAGGGCAUCCAAACAUGGGUGGGCCAAUGCAGAGAAUGACUCCUCCAAGAGGAAUGGUUCCUUUAGGACCACAGAACUAUGGAGGUGCAAUGAGACCCCCACUGAAUGCUUUAGGUGGCCCGGGGAUGCCUGGAAUGAACAUGGGUCCAGGGGGUGGUAGACCUUGGCCAAACCCAACCAAUGCCAAUUCUAUACCUUAUUCUUCAGCAUCUCCUGGGAACUAUGUAGGUCCUCCGGGAGGUGGAGGGCCACCAGGAACACCCAUCAUGCCUAGUCCAGCAGAUUCAACCAACUCUGGAGACAACAUGUACACUUUAAUGAAUGCAGUACCACCUGGACCCAACAGACCUAAUUUUCCAAUGGGGCCAGGGUCAGAUGGACCUAUGAGUGGACUGGGUGGAAUGGAUUCACAUCAUAUGAAUGGAUCAUUAGGCUCAGGAGACAUGGACAGUAUUUCCAAAAACUCUCCCAGUAAUAUGAGCAUGAGUAAUCAGCCUGGCACUCCCAGGGAUGACGGUGAGAUGGGUGGAAACUUCCUAAACCCUUUUCAGAGUGAGAGUUACUCCCCUAGCAUGACAAUGAGUGUGUGAUCCGUUACCAAGUCUCCUAAUGAAGACCACAGUGAGUUGGCCCUCUUCAGAGAGCUACUACAGAAGAAAAUUAUUCGUCCCAGUGUACAGUUUAACAAAAGGAUCUCAGAUACAAUCAGACCCACCAUUUUUUUUCUACCAUCUCCCCAGUUUUGUCAAGAAAGUGGGUCCCAAACAUGCUUGAGACAACUGUAAAGAGUGGCGUAACAGAACUGCCCAAGAUGGAACUGCAAACAAUUAUCUGUGUAUGUACAUGUAUGGGUUGGUGUAUAUGUGUGUGUGUGUGUGAUAUAGAAAUACACACAUACAUAUAUAGGCCUGCAGGACAUUGUAAAAUAUUAUCACAUGGCAUCUUAAGUAGAAAUGAGAAGUAGGGACUUCUAUUCCAUCUUUUUUUUCACGUUUACAUUUUAAUUAUUAAAAUUUGCUUUCCCUCUCCCCUCCUGAAUUGUUUUAUGUUGCAUAUAUCACUGCUUUAUAAGUUAUUUUUUAAGGUGAACUCAAAUGAUAAAUUCUUCUGAUUUUGUAAAUGUCUGCCAUUAUGGAUAGGAAUAAAAUUGCUUAUAAGAGCUUUCAUUAACUUGUGUUUGAUACCAGUUACCCUGUGAAUCACAAACUGUACUGUCUCAAGAAAUAGAAGAAAGCUCAUCUUAAUUUUUUGGAGAAAUUUAAUAAUUCUCACCUAGUUUGGUGAUUUUUUUUUUAUACUUUGCCUUUAAAAAAGAAGCACUGAAGAUUAUUUUUCUUCUUUAAUUGAAGCCUAAUACCUGCAAUAUCUAUUUUAAAUGGAAGCCUGAAUUUGAUACAAGCUUCUCAGUUUAUAUAGAGUACUAUAAGGUUACUGUAAGUGAGCUCCAGUUGCUGUAGAAUCUAGCAAUAAAGUGUCAGGGCUUCUUCUGCCCUUGGAAAAGAGUUUUCUAUUUAGCAUGAUCUUCCAUAGGGGUGGUAGUUAGUGGAAAUACAGUAGAGUCCUUAUUCCUGAAACCUCUUCUAACAAUUUACCAUUAUGUUUCCCCUUUUUUAUGAUUCUCAGCUGAAUCAUAACAAUCCGCAGUCCUGAUUGUAAACAGCAUCUCUCAAGCCCAUGCAGAAAAUCAGAUCACCCUGGUAUUUUGUAUUUUUACUAGGUUUACCAGAAUAACUCCCCCAAAACUUUCCAGUAAGCAGUCAUUUCUGUGAACCAGAAUGACUGUGUGAACAUUUUAUGACUACUAGCCUUGUGGAGGUCCUGUCUUUUGCCACAGAUUGAAGAGAAACAAAGGUCUGAGCCAUUUUAUAAGGAGGUCAAUGUAUUGGACAUGAAAGCUUGGGAUAGAAUCGAGAAAAGGCAUAUGGCCCUAAGAAAAGGCUUCUAGAAGCAGUCCCCGGUCUCCUCAAGCAAAGCUCGAAAACCCAUAUUACAGUAAAUUUAGUUUCUAAUGACUUGCAGCUCCCCCAAGAAAACGAAAGUUUGCAAUUGUGUAGUGGUCAAAAGGUUGAUGGUCAGCACUGUGAGUACAAAGUGACUGAACUAAAAUUCAUGCCACAGAUAAACAGUAAAGUUCUUACCUUGGACUUUGCAUACAAAAGAGCCACUUACAUAGAGGAAACAGUUCUGAGAUAUGGUAUGUCCAUGCAGUCUAAGGAGAUUUUUUUCAUGAAAUUGUGAUGAAGAAGUUCAUGUAAUAGCUAAUUGUGAAGGUAGAUGCAUGUAACUGGAUAUGUAAGGAGUACUACAAUCUCCUCGCUCAUUUUUAUUUUUAUAUAUAAUAUAUAUAUAUGAAAAUAAAAAGAUGUAAUACUUUUAUUCUCUUGUUAGGACUAUUCAAAGAAGAAAUUCUUGGAGACAGACACUUAUUUAAAAUUAUGUUAGACUGUCGAAGAUUUUGGUAACAUUAAUUUGUUAAUAAUAACUACUUUGAUCAGUUGUAAUCAUAAACUAAAUAGUCAUUAUAUGGUUUUUUUUGACUUUGUUCCCAGUGAUUAUGAAGGUUGAAUUCAUUUGCCUAUCGUUGGAAAACAGUUUGUUGCUGUCUCAAGACAUGACAGAAGCCCCUACUAUUGAUUUGAUUUAUAAAAAGAUAAAAUCAGAUCUCAGUUCCUGAGAUCCUGGACUUGACUGUCGUCACUAAUACCAUUGGUUUCAGUGGCUAUGUCUCCAGUACACUUCAGCUUCUUUCAUGAAUAAUGCAAAGUUCAGGUGUCCUUGCAGUCUACAUUUGGCAUGUAUGUUAUCCUUGUUCAUAGCCUUCUAAGAAGGACCUCAGGACUCUUUUCUGCCCAGUUUCAGUCAUAUGAUGUCACUGCAACUGGACUAAGAUAGAUGAAUAUGUCUGGACUAUGCAUCAGGUGCUAAAGCCCAUUCACACACCAGGUAAGUGUGCCCUUGAGUGAGCUCUUAAACUGUAAGUGUGUUUUGGGUCUGUUGUGUCCCUAAGGGAAAACCCUGCACUGUCCAAGCCAAGCCAGGGCACUCCUGCAGACAUGUAGCAUGGCCAGGGACCACGUGGCAACUGGCCUUCAUGGCAUCACUGAGGGCCCUCUUACAUGACAGCCUGCAUGCAGCCUCUGGAGCUUCUCACUCUGGCAAAAUUAAGCAGAACUAGGGUUUAGUAUCAACUAGAAAUUGAAAUUUUUUUCUUCUUGAAUUUGACAUCUGCAAUAGUUUAGCUUCUAGGCACCUGUUAAGGAAAAAGUGUGACCAUUAAAUUAAAAACUGUGCAAAUAGGAGUGCAGAAAUAAGAGUCCCUUUAAAUGAAACUGCCAACACAUGUUGAAUAUUAUUAUCAAAAUAUGUUAUCCUAAUUUAAGUAUUCCUUUCAGGUGCAUAAUUUUUCUUCUGUGAUUCUUUUGAACUCCCCUCUAUGUAUUUUUUCUUACUGCCAGCAUAUCUUUGUUUCCCCUUUCCUUUUCAAAACAUUUAUAUUAAAUUAAACGUGGUUGCAUUGAUCUUGCAGCGUUAAUCUCAGCAAAAAUAUUGCUGGCUUUAAAAGGAACAGUGUUGGGCCCUGCUUCUUGUAGGCUAUCAUUCUACACCCUGAUAUUGCAAGUUACUAUAUAUGUCCAGCACUUUUCAUACCUAGGUAGCCCCACAGACUCGUGGGAUAAAUAUGUAAAUGUUUGCAAAAUCUUAGAUUUGGGAGAUCUGCUUGAAUACUCAGUGCAUAUCUUAUUAUUAGAAAUUUUAUCAGAUAUAGGUAUGCCUAAUCACCUUGCUUUUUGUAGGGAAUGAACCUGUGCUUACAUACAUCGGUAAAGUGAUUUACAUGCAUGUUGGUAAGAUCGGGUGAUUAUUAACCAUACAUAGGUUCUGCAGCUGAACCAUAGAAAACAAUCUUACAUACUAAAUACUGAACUUACUAUGAGUAUUCCUUUAGUUUUUAAAUUUGUAUAAAGCCUUUUGUUUGUUCAUUUGUUUUCUUUCUUUUGCCUGUAAAUCCUUACAGGAUUUUUAUCAUAUAUAGGAGUAUUAGUAUGGAAAGAAAGAUUAUUUGCAAGCACUAAAUUUUUACUCCCACUUGCGUUUCUAUUGCACUAGGUAUCAAUGUGUAAUGUAACUGCUAUUUACUUCCAUGCUUAUGCAACAGCACUGUUGAUAAUAUCAGAACUUGUCCAGCUCUGAGAAAAAUAUUAAUGUAAGUGAUGCAGAAUAGUUUUUCCACAGUGGGCUUUUAGAUAGAUUUCUGUCUUUAAUAUAGAAAUAAAUAGAUCAUGAUCCUCUAAAUGGGUCUUUCAAGCAAAUUUAAAGUAAGGCUUUUUAAAACAAGUGAUAAAGUCUUAGAAUAGCAGAAAUAGCAGAAUAAUGGAUCUCUCUUACUGUAAAAACUCUGGCAAAAAUUCUGGCUUUGUAGAAAUCAGCUGAAGUUCUGAUACACUUCAAUGAAACAAAUAUUUUACUUGCUGUAUAAAUCCAUGAAAAGGAGUAUUCAUAUCCAGAUUUUAUUUCCAUAUGUAAGUCUUGCAGAAGCAAGAACAGGGGGUAGGGCAAGCAAAAAGCUGUAUGAAUCACAGAUAAAACAUGUGGCCUGACAUGUGCAUUAAAAAAAUACUUUGAUAUUUGUAUAUACAGGUUUCAUUAUUUUAUUAAUUGCUUGAGCAUGUGGAAGAACUGCAGUUGAACACGGUGUUCUUCCCCCUUCAUUGCAGAGUGAAUUUGGUGCAUGUGAAAAACAUUGCAAUAACCUUGAGUCUAGUCUUUGACACACCUUUCACUGUCCAGUGGACUGUGCAUCAAGCUUGACUAGGAGUGACUGGCUUUUCAAAGUGACAGAACAGGUCAGCAUCCAGAUCAGUAAGUCGUCAUUCAGUCUGCUGAAUGCCACUAUUGCCAAUUUUUAUUUAGAAGCUUUCUGAUUAGAUCCUAGACCACCUAUGUAUUAUGUAUUCAGAUACAAUAACAAGUCUCAGACUUAACAGCCUGCUCCCAUUUUGAUUUACAAAAUAUAAGGUUAAAAGCACCAUAUCCCAUGACUAGUCACAUGAAGACAUCCAGCCAUCACUCUCCCUUUAAAACACAACGGGAAGUAUGUAGACUGAUUAUUUAAUUUAAAUAAUUCAAAUUAGGAAGUGAAUGGAAGCUUGCUUCUUUAUGGAUAGCAAUUUAGAAUCUCUGCAUCAGAAGGAUAGCUUCUUGAACUGGCUAAAAAUCAUUUGAAUUUUCCCCUGCUCUGUGGUUAGCAAAUGAAAUACUGCAUGUAAAGAGGAUUUGGAAUUAGAUGGGUAAUUUAAUGAGGGACCAGCUGUUACAAUAUUCAGUGUUGUACAUUUUAUUCUUUUUUCCAUUACUAUUUAAAAUGAAUUUUCAGCUGAUAAAUGUUGCAUUGAUUUCUAUUUCUCAGAUCAGUUAAUUAUUUUUAAGUAUUAUCUCCUGCUCCUAGACAUCUCUGGUUCUUUGUUGUUGUUGUUGCUGAAUAUGGGCUGAAUUCUUCAAGAUUUGACCCUACACAUUUGCAUUUGGAGAAUAUCAUAAAAUAGAGUUUAAUGAUUAAAAAAGAUCAGUAUAGGUAUUUUUCUUUAAUUCACUAUAAGGGAUGGUACAGGGCUUCUGUUCCAAACAAUCUUAGGUUUGGGUGGGCCCCAUGGAUGAGGAUUUUGAUAAAGCACGUCUUUCAAAUAAAAACCAAAAAACUCCUACUACAGUGACAGCUCAUUUCUCUUCAAACAAACUGAUCACACUAAGGAUCUAAUUCAGGAUUAAAUGGUAUGAAACAACUAUAAAAAUUCAGUGCACUCAAAUAUAAAUGAGAUAGAUUUAAAAUUUAAGUGUGCAGCUUCCUCUGCUUUCCAGACAUUAUUGGCUUGGUCCUGUAAACUGCUGUUCAUACCAGUUGUCCUACUGAAAUUUUGAUGAAACCACUAGCAUAAGGUCAUUCUUUGCAGGAUUUCACCCUGAACUGGACAAAACAGUGUAUUUGAAGUGUGACUUCAUUGGCAGAUAUAUACACUAGACUGAAACACAAAAGGUGUGUUGAAAUUUUAAAAAUGAUGUUUCAACCUGAAAAACAGAGGGAAAAAGUCGUAACUGAUCUAAAAUAUUGCUUUGAAUGCAUGCAUGCAGAUUAUCUGCCAGUGCUAUCAUCUUGGAAACAAAUUACAGCAACAAAUUAAGAGUACAUCAAUGGACCAUCUACUCAGACAGCACAUUGAAACACGUUCACGUUUGUUUGAAAUAAAGCUUAUACAUGUUUAAUUUUAAGCAUAUUUUAAGAACACGAGUAGGUUUUUUCAGAACAGUGGGACCGCUAAUAUGCUUGAACAGUGUUUGAGCAUGGACAGUCUAGAAGCUCAAAUUAAGUCUUCCCUAAACAGACAUUUUCUUUUCUUUUCUUUUCUUUCAUUUUUAAGAUUUUACCAGUGCAGGAGCAUGUUUAUGUAUUGAUAGUAUUGAUAUGUGGAACAGAUUUGGCUUUCUUCUGUUUCUUAUUUUGUUAGAGCAUUGUUCACUAUUACAUGAACUAUUUUUGUGAACUUGUCCUUCAUCUUGUUUUAAAUUGUGCAGUCAUAAUUUCCCUCAACAUAGCUAAUGGCAUUGCAACCUUAGUCCAGACUUCUGUUUGGUCACUGUUCUUCAUUUAAGCUUAAAAUAUGUAAGGAAGCCUCUCAUGUAAUGGGAAAACUUGCCAUAAAAAUGUAUAAAGGUUUUCUUGGGUACAUGUUUUCACAUUUAAUAAAAAUACAAUUUUCAUUUAUAA